CUAUAUAUCUUCAUCCGUGCAUGGUUCCUCUCCUGGUGAGUUCUGUUAAAACGAGGAAAAUCAAAGGAAAAAUAGAAAAUGGCUUAUGUGCACGUACUGCUAUGGCUUUUCUUAAUGCUUAUAGUAAAAAUCAGUGCCAAAGUUCCAGCUAUAAUUGUGUUUGGGGACUCAUCUGUUGAUGCUGGAAACAACAAUUACAUUCCGACAAUUGCUCGGAGCAAUUUCGAGCCAUAUGGUCGAGAUUUUAACGGGGGCAAGCCCACCGGCCGCUUCUCCAACGGCCGAGUUCCGACUGAUUUCAUCUCAGAGGAACUUGGUCUUAGACCAUUUGUUCCUGCUUAUUUGGAUCCUACGUAUAAAAUUUCAGAUUUUGCAGUUGGUGUUACUUUUGCUUCUGCUGCAACUGGAUAUGACAAUGCAACUUCUGAUGUCCUAGGAGUGAUACCUUUUUGGAAGGAGUUAGAAUACUACAAAGACUAUCAGAAGAAACUUAAAGCCUACUUAGGUGAGCAGAAGGCCAGUGAAACUAUUGCUGAUGCGUUAUACUUGAUAAGUAUUGGAACGAACGACUUUCUAGAAAAUUAUUACACGCUUCCUAAAAGACAAAUGCAGUACACCGUCGAUGAAUACCAAGAUUUUCUAAUCGGGAUUGCUAGAAAUUUUAUCGUAAAUCUUCAUGGUCUGGGGGCACGUAAAAUCUCUCUUGGGGGCCUUCCUCCAAUGGGGUGUAUGCCAUUGGAAAGAGCAGAAAAUAUACAAAGUGGAAGUGCUUGUGUGGAGAGUUAUAAUGUUGUUGCCUUGAAUUUCAAUAACAAGUUGAGUAAUUUAGUAAUGACGCUAAACAAAGAACUGCCUGGGAUUCAACUGGUUUUCUCCAAUCCUUAUAAUAAGUUGCUGCAAAUAAUUAAGAAACCAUCAUUAUAUGGAUUUGAUGUUUCGGAAGUGGCAUGUUGUGCCACGGGGAUGUUUGAGAUGGGGUAUGCGUGUGAUCGAUAUAAUCCGUUGACAUGUACGGAUGCAAACAAAUACGUUUUCUGGGACGCAUUUCAUCCUUCGGAGAGGACAAACGCCAUACUUUCCUAUCAUAUGGUUAAGACCGUUUUACACCAAUUUCAUUGAAAGAGCGAGAGAGCUUGUGUAUGAAUGUUAGCGUGUUAGAGAAAAGUGUGCGCUUUUAACAGAGAAAGGGAUAUAGUAUUCCCUGUUGUAAUGGUUUGGUUUUCUAAAGCUGCUUUAUAAUUCGAAUAUGUAAAAUAUAUAUACAUGCAUACACUGCUAUUAUAACUGUU